AUGGCGAGCGCGAUGGACUGGCUCGGCGUCGGGUCCGCGUGCUCUCCGGCGCAGGACGCCGACGACGAUGAUGAUGAUCCUCGACGACCUCGCAGGAACUCUCCACAGGAAACCCCCCACUCGGAAGUUCGGCGGGGGCCGCUUCGAGGCCUGGACGAUCACGACGGGUGGAGCGAUGAGGAUGAAGACAGCGACGGUCCGAACCGCAAUCGGUCCGGGAGGGACGGCAGGAGCGAAUACGCGUCCUCGCAGGAGUACUCCGACUACGCACGUGGACUCUCGUACAGCGAGUCCGAGGGAGAGGGCGCGAGGUCCAACGGGCAAGCGGGGGCGUCGAAGUGGCGAGCCGCCAGUCAGACUCUCGGGGCGGUCGCGACGCUGAAAUCUUCGCUGAAGAGCCCAUCCGCGGUGAGAAGAGAGCAAAAGAAGGCAACCUUCGCGGUCAUCGAAGACGAGGAGAGACACGUCCUCGACGAUCCGGCGAUGAAGCACCGUCUGACGGGUAACAACGCGGGAAGCUGGUCGGGUGCGGGAGCAGGCGACGAGGCUGCAGCCAAGGGCUCACCCGACGGACAGGUGUGCGGCGUCAAUGUCGUCAUCCUCCCAUCCGCGUGGUACGUCCUGUACUGGGAUAUGUUCAUGAUGAUGCUGCUCUUCGCGAUCAUAUUCCUGCUGCCGUACGAGGCGGCAUUCGUCAAGUCGUACACCGACCUGUCCACGAGCGAGAUGUCCAACACGCAGUUUACGUUUCUCGUGGUCAACCGCGUCCUCGACGCGUUCUUCAUCAUGGACUUCUUCUUGCAGUUCGUGCUCGGUUACGUGGACGAGCAAAGCGGCAAGGUGGUGACCAGCCUGACGCAGAUCCGAAACAGGUACCUGCGCAGCUACUUCGUCAUCGAUGUGGUGUCGCUGUUUCCGUUUGACCAGCUGGUGCAGAGCUCAAGCACGCCGUUGCUGAGAGCGAUCAAGUUUCUUCGCAUGCUGAAGCUGCUCCGCGCUCUCAAGGCGAACCGCAUAAUCUCGCGACUUCUCAGCCACGUCGAUGUAAGUCAUGCCACGAUGAAGAUCUCGAAGGAUAUCGUCAUCCUGUUGAUCCUGAUUCACUUCCUGGUGUGUGCGUGGGCGUACCAAGCAAACUCCGAUCUCGAUGAUGAUCCCGAGCGAUGGAUAUACCUCAACUCCGUGGAUAUCUCGAGUGCAGACGCAAUGUACAUUACUGUCAUGCAGCUCAUCUUCACGAGCGAUAUCCAGGUCGCUCUUCUCGGCGACCAGCAGCUCAAGAUCUUCACAUCGGUUGUGAUCUAUGUCCUCACCGCGCUCACCAUCGCCGAGCUCACGGACAUGGUGCAGAACGCAUCCGCGGGCGACGCUGCGUUUCAGAGGAUGCUGGACGAGCUCAAUUCGCUGAUGCGGGAAAGAAAUUUCCCGAGCGACCUUCGUUUUCGGCUACGUGAUUUCUUGCGAUUCAAGCAUGCCAGGGAGAAGGACAUGGUUUCCAAUCCUGAGCGACUGGAGAUGAUGCGCGCCCUGAGUCCACAGUUGCAAGUUCAGGUCACUGACCAGAUGAGCCAAGCCGGCAUGAAAGCCAGUCCGCUUUUCCAGGGCUGCAAGCCCGACCUUAUUAUGAAGAUCACCAUGGCUGCGAGUUCGAUGCUGCUGGGCGCGACAGAGGCGGUUUCUCGUGAGGGUGAGCCUGCCGAUCAUCUUUGCGUCCUGGAAAAGGGAUUUCUGAUCUCUGCGGGACGCGUCGUUAUGACCGGAUCUAUUUUCGGGCAGGAGUGCCUUCUCUCGGGCGCAUUUGAUGAGGUUAAGAACGUCCAUUCGACGCACACCCUUACAUUUGCAUCCAUGACCCGGAUUCACAUCCACCAGCUUGACCAAAUUGUGAGGAAAGCAGAUCCAGCAUUUUGGAGGAUAAUGCGCAACAGGGCAGUGCGGUUCCUGGUCGGCAGGGGCCUAUUGAUGUACUGUCAGCUCGCCCAGAGGCGAAGGGAGGGAGGUAUGAAGGGGACGAACGCGUUGGCGCGAGAGAUGAUUUCUUUGGGCGUGGGAAAGAUCGUGAUCUACAAGAUGAUGCUUGCGUAUCGCUACGUCAACGGUGAGGCGGAGCAGAUUGAGUAUGCGGUGAGAAAGAUCCAGUCUUGGUUUCGAGGAGUGCGAGUCAGGAAGGCUUUCAGAUCGGUCGUAUUUAGGGCCAGGAUGACUAACGCAUACGUACCCCGCGAGCUGAGGAACUCGACGAAGGGAGCGCACGAAACCGGGACCAAACACGAGAUAUCACGGUUGAUCACCACCUUUGCAUCGCAAGGACCAGAAGGUCACGAGGAAAGGAUCGAGCUCAUCGUGCACCAAUCGGAGUCUACGGCGCAGCAAAUCCGUGCUCUGAUCAUGGAACAGCGUAGGAUGGCGAGGACGGUCGACACGAUCGCGAUGUUGAUCCGCAAGAUGACUUUAGGUCUAUAG